CCAGUGGACUGUCCCGUCCGGCGAUGUAUGGCGCGUAAUGGAGCUGAGGAGGGAUGCGCGAGAACACAAACGACCAUGAAACGGACAAUAAUCAUUCUCGUUUGCAUUUUUCCUCUCAUCCACAGUGGAGUCUGUGCAGACUCAGAGGAACGUUUAAUGAAUUGGCUUCUGGGUAAGAACCGCUAUAAUAAGCUUAUCAGGCCUGCUAUGAACAGGACAGAGAGAGUGACUGUUCUUCUACAAGUUUCUCUGGCCCAACUGAUCAGUGUGAAUGAAAGAGAACAAAUCAUGACGACAAACGUCUGGCUCACUCAGAACUGGAACGAUUAUCGACUUUCAUGGGACCCGGCUGAGUAUGAGGGAAUCGACAAGCUUCGGAUCCCCUCCAGACACAUCUGGCUGCCUGAUAUUGUGCUGUAUAACAAUGCCGAUGGUACGUAUGAGGUGACAGUCUUCACAAAUGCCAUCGUGCUGUUUAAUGGAAGCAUUGCCUGGCUCCCUCCUGCUAUAUAUAAGAGCGCCUGUAAGAUUGAGGUCAAGCACUUCCCCUUCGAUCAGCAAAAUUGCACGCUUAAAUUUCGCUCCUGGACAUACGACCACACUGAGCUUGACCUUGUGUUAAAAUCUGAGGUGGCCAGCAUGGAUGACUUCACUCCAAGUGGCGAAUGGGACAUCUUAGCUCUGCCAGGCAGGAGAACGGUCAACCCUCAUGACCCCACUUAUGUCGACCUGACGUACGACUUCAUCAUCAAGCGCAAGCCGCUUUUCUAUACCAUAAAUCUCAUCAUACCCUGCGUGCUCAUCACCUCACUGGCCAUCCUUGUUUUUUACCUCCCAUCGGACUGUGGUGAGAAAAUCACUCUAUGCAUUUCGGUUCUCCUUGCUCUUACGGUCUUCCUUCUUUUGAUAUCUAAAAUCGUGCCACCUACUUCCUUAGACGUACCCUUGAUUGGAAAAUACCUAAUGUUUACUAUGGUACUGGUGACAUUUUCUAUCAUCACAAGCGUGUGUGUGCUAAACGUGCACCACCGCUCUCCAAGCACACACACCAUGCCGGCCUGGGUGAAGCUGGUCUUCCUGGUCAAGCUUCCAGCAUUGCUUUUCAUGCAAAGGCCUAGAGGGAACUCAGCUCGACAGCGGCUGCGCCAGAAAAAGCAUCCGCGGGAACCGAGGUCGCUGUUGGGCCUCGGUUACGCGGCUCCUCGCAAAUCUGCUAUUUCCUCCUCUGCCUCCGUGUUGCUGACUGCGCCGUCAGCAUCUGCUCUCUCAUCACCAGGACACUUUUACAACAACAAGGGAGCAGCUCUUAAUUUCGGUUACGGCUCUCGGAAAGCAGAUUUACGGCAAACGGAAUUUCUGCCCAAUGGCAACAAUUCUACUCAGGACCUGAGGGGCUGGGGGGCCGACUUUCAGGAGGCUGUGGAUGGGGUUCGUUACGUAGCUGAUCACAUGAUGGGAAAUGACGAUGAUCAAAGUGUCAUCGAGGACUGGAAGUAUGUUGCCAUGGUGGUGGACAGGUUGUUCCUCUGGAUCUUUGUGAUUGUUUGUGUAGUGGGCACUUUAGGUCUUUUCCUCCAGCCUCUCUUCCAGAACCAGACUGUUCCUAUCCAUCAGCCUAUUUCAGAAUCAUCGAGACGGGAUGGAAUUUGACAAAAUGGGGAAGGUCUUCUUUUAGUCGACUGGAGCUACAGCCACCUUCACCAGCUGGAAAUAUCUGAACUACUUUCUAUAAUCUGACCCACAGACAUCAAGCAUUCAUUUAUUGUCUUAAUCCAAAAUUGUUCUUCCUGUAAUAUGGCAGCAAAAGAUUAAGAUGUUUACUUUUUCAUUUUAUGCAGCAUUACACUACAGACAAGGGAUACUUCAUCCACAAAUGAAAAUUCUG